CCGCAACGAGGGGUUAGUGGAGGUUUUGGUACAUGACCACACAGACAAGAGGGCGGAGCGGAAGAUUAAGUAUGUUCGUUCAACGCCGCCAGAUAGACACUGCACGUCGAGAAGAUCAGCAGUGAUAUGGUGCUACUAGCGAAGAUCCAGCAGGUAUUUUUUGCUGUGGGUACUAUAGGAGAGCUAGAACAACUACAACUUCUAGGAGAGGUACUUCUACCAGAGGCCGCGCCGCUCCACCAGAGUCAGAGACCAUGAACUACAUGAUGGCAGCACGACGCCCAUUUAUUUGCAGCGGUUCUCGGGAGAGCUGGCGGCGAUGGUGGUCGGCUUUACUACAACUUGCUCUCCUGCUCGGUGGAGAUGAAACAGAAACUGUACGAGGUUUCAAGGAAGUUGCCGAAACACCUACUUCCAGCACAGGAGGAAAGUUGUUGCGGAAGCACGAGCACGACGGUACCAUUAACGACAAGAUCGGUCCUCCGGUCCAAGAACCCCAAGACGAGGACCACCACGUCGAUGGUGCACCCAAGAACACACGGCCCCGGCUGCACGUGAAGAACAAGAGCCUACCGACGGCGCUCCUUCGCGUCGCCAGGAACUCUGCCGCUACUGGCGGUGACGGUAGGAACGCGUCUGCCGAGGGGAAACAGCUGCUCUGUGCGCUGCGUGACUCAGUCGAGUUCGCGUCGCCGCCGUGGGGUGUGGCGAAAAGAGGAGGAGCUGCGUCGAGUGGAGGAGGUCCUCGUUUGAAUGUGAAUGUCCUCGCGCCGGCACGGAACACCGAGGAGGACCUCCAGGCUGACGAGGCAAGAACAUCAUCCUCAGAACAACUUCUUCUAAAGCCGGGAGUAGACGCUGGAGUACAUCAGGAACAAGAAGACGCCUCUACUUUCUACCGCCCGCCUCUGCUGGGGAAGAGCUGCGCGAUUGUCUCGAGCAGCGGCGCCAUGCUUUUGCACGAGUAUGGACAUGAGAUUGACGCGCACGACUUCGUACUGCGAAUGAAUCGAGCACCGACGCGACGGUUUGAGAAGCACGUCGGGAAGCGAGAAAGCAUUCGCGUGGGGUGGGACAGCCCGCCUUUCGUACGGCAGUUUUGCAGAGAGCAAACGGCUGCAUUUAAUAUUUUAGCAGCGACGGCGGGAAAUAAGAGGAAGAGCCGCGCGGCCCACGGCCGCGUGCAGAAUAAAAAAGAUCAGCAAGAAGAAGCGGACGGCACUGCAGCCGCUGUAAACAACUCUUCACAUGAGAUGGACGACGAGACCGUGUACAUCAUGGCGGACGAAAUCCCGCACCCUGAAUGCACGCAAAUGCAAAACAAGCAGGCCGAGCUAAAAGAAGCAGUCCUCUUCAACGCCGGGCACGCCGCUGCUGCUGUGGCGGCCGACGAGACGACACCACCACUCUUUGAGGACGAAAUACAGAGCACGAAGGAUCAUGAAGAUCUACCGCGUCGGAGGACAAGUAGAACAAGUGCGUCGAUUGAAGGUGACGGAGCACUAAACAAGGUCGACGAGGGUCGUGAAGAAGAUGACUUUCUCGCGCACGACAAGGACAAUAAUUUGUUCGGCAACUACAAGAAUACGAGCAAAUCUUCUACACCCAUAAUUCGAAUUCCGUCCAUCUUCAUCAAGACCUUUCAGAACGUCGAUGCAGACACUGGAUCGCUCGGGCGCUUUCUUCUGGACGUUUACGGCCCCGGGGAAGCGCAGGCGCUGGAUGCGCGCACAACAGACCCGUCAUCGGGAGCGAAAUACGGGGUACUACGAAAGCGAAAUAAAAAUAAAGCUCUAGUAUCGAGGACGAUCGAUGUUGAAGAUGUGCUGGAUGUCGAUAAGUACAGGUAGUUCUCGUUUUCAUGCAUUGAUGAAGAUUUGUCUUGCAGCAGCGGCACCAGCAGCUCCUCACCACUGACGCCCCCUCGGAAGUCUAAGUAAGUUGUAACAGCAAGUAUGGCGCACAAUUGCAAUUGCUGCAGCAAGUUGCUGUAGCGCUAUCAAAUUUGGGAUAAAACUUUCGACUUCGGGUGGGUUUUGUAACCAUAGCUGCGCUUGUUCUUGUAUCGCCCCCUCACGCAGCUGAAAUAAUGAACACUAUCUCAGCUGCAACCUUUGCAGCCGAUAGGGAUAUGGCUUCUUUUUAUUUUUCGUUUCACAGGUGAUGUUGCUCGGAUACUGCGACCACGUCGAUUUUUACGAAAAGGCACCGUCGAAGGCGGCGCUUGUAUCCAAUGAAAAAUGAUAGAAAGCCGGACUACUUAUUGCAACAACCCCACCUCGUCAAAUCAUGGCGCAGACACCAUGAAGAUGCAGAGCGCGGUAAAUAGUAGGUACCUACUUCUACUUAAGUACACAAUCAUAGAGGACGUAAGCUCUUGAUGUUGAUGUCAUGCCAAAUAUAUUCCAUCUUCUCCUUGGAUACCUUGGGGCGAUAAACCAUUACUUCUCCCGUCCCGACGCUUUGCUCGACCCCGAAUCGGAUGAGCAGGAGGACACUGCAUCUAGUGCGGCUGCGGUUCUUUUCGCUGACACCGGUGUGGAACUUGUGCGGAGGACGACCGGAAGAAGAUCUUCGAAGCAGGAGCGCAAGAAAACAUCAUACCUCGACCAGGAACAGGAACACCAGCCUCUUAGUCCUCCGCACGACGUCCAGCUCCCGAGUACGGAGAACGAGCCGUGGGGCCAGGGGGCUGAAAUGAACUCCUGGCACGGGUUACUCCGCGCAGAGCACGAUUUUUUCCGUCGCGUGGCCAUGACACCAGCAGAAGAAAGCCUGCGAACCGGGAAACUGCGCAUCCAGGGGCUUGCGACCCUCACGGACGAGGACUGUCGACCAGGCUGAGAAUGAUGUACCGAAGAUUUGGGGCAGUCAUCUCUUUCUUGCAUUCUAGCGCUUCGUCUUCAACAAUCAACGAUACAAGUGCAGCGAACGGGACCGCCUGCGAAGCUGGACCGCCAGCACUCGCGAACGCCGCGGCUCGUGGGUGAUCGUGUCUACGUCAUGGACGCACGUGAAAAACAACAUCAAAUAAAAGUGAUGUAGUUAUGAAGUCAGGGAUCAAGAACAGAUUCUCGGCGAAAAUAGACCGCUUGUCGCUCCAUAUCAAUUGGUGGUCGGACGAGUAUCCAUCAUCCAAUCGGACGCAUUCAUCUUCAUAUAGUAGAGCUGUGCGCUACAAGAACAUCAACUGCGCUGCGUUAGAAGCUGCAAAGCCUGCUGCUCUUGCAGAUGCGAACAAAAGCUUUUGAGACCACGAAGGCGCUGACAAUUUUACGAGCCUGCGUUCUACUUUGGAGAAGUAGUAAACCUGUUGUGGAUAGCUUGGCAGCAUCAAAGCCGAAAACUCAUCCUCAUGCUAAGCCUAUGAUUAUGGCAGGAAAACCAGAUAAA